AUGCCCGCCACGACGGUGCUCGCGGCGAAGGUGGCCCUGGCGUCCGCGGCGUUGGCCGCGGCCGCGUCCCUGGCGCGCCUCGCCGUCCCGCGCCUCAUGUCCGUGGCCGGCGCCGUGCUCCCGCGCGCCUGGGCCGUCGCGCGCCUCUGGCUCGUCCCGCCCUACCUCUUCGUCACCGUGCACCUCAUCAUCCUCGUCAUCUGGAAGCUCUCCGACCACAGGCACUUCCAGCAGGCCGCCCAGCAGCACAAGGACCCCUGGCCGGUCGCGCAGCACACUCCGCCGCCGGCCGCUGUCCACGGCCACGCCGCGGAGGUGGCGGCCGCCGCCGCACCGGCCGUCAAGGACAAGGAGGACUUCGGCUCCCCGGCAGGGUACGGCGAGCCCCUGGAGGCCGAGUUCUCCCCGGACUCCGGUGGUGGCGAGUCCUGCGUCACCACGGAGUCCGACGAGGAUUCCUCUUCUUCGCCUUCCCCGUCGUCCUACGUCGCGGACGUGCGGCGUAGCCUGGCGCCAGCGCAGGAGCGCGCCGUCCUCCUGGAGCGGGAGCCCUCGCUGCCGUCGCAGGCCGUGGACGCCGACGGCGACGACGAUCUGGACGCCACGUGGAACGCCAUCAUGCAGAAGACGCGCCCCGCUGCUCCCCCUCCCGCGCAGCAUCAGCAACCGCCGCAGCAGCGGCCGCCUCCGCCGAGGGCCCGGGACCCGUCGGUCGGCGCGGAGGAGAUGAACCGCCGGUUCGAGGACUUCAUCAAGAAGAACCGCAACUCCUUCGGCCGGCAAUAG